UCCGCUGCAUCAUGUCCCAGAAGAGCCUCUGCUGGCGGAGAUGUAAUCACCUCUUCUGGGCAUCCUUCCCUCACCUCAUCCUGAUCAUCUGCCUGGUGCUGUACAGCUUCGCCGGGGCCCGCGUAUUCCAAUGGCUGGAGGGCUCUUCUGGAGACAACCAAUCCGAAUCCGACGUCCUGCUAGAGAAGCUCUGGAACGUCUCGCGGGCCGUGACCAGGAACGCCGGCGCCAAUGAAGAAAGUUUUAAGAACCUUUCCAGACCUCUCAUUGCUCCAUAUAUGAUGAAAAAAGGCAAAUGGACCUUCCUGGGCUCCCUGUUCUUCUGCUGCACCGUCAUCACCACCGUCGGUUACGGGAAUCUGACUCCCAUCACCGUACCUGGAAGGGUCGUAUGUAUGGUGUACGCUGCAAUCGGCAUACCGCUCAUGUUAAUGGUGCUGGCUGACUUAGGAGGCAUUCUGGCCAUCUUUCUGUCGAAGUCUUAUCAAUAUUUCCUGAAAGUCUGCCACAGACGUUCCCGGUGCCAAUCCAAAGGACCCAACAACUUCCCUACCUUCUCGAACCAUUCUAACAAUUUCAGCACAGAGUCCACCCUGGACAGUCAUGUGUCCAUCAAGGAGCCCCUAAACCUGACGGACGUGCUGAAGAGCCAGGCCAAUGUGAAGAGGCGUUACAUGCAAAUGAGCAAUAUGGACAUCUUUGAAUUUAUGAUCAUCCAGGAGAAUCGGAGCAUGCUGCCUUUGAGAAACCAAUUGAAGAGAUGUCACUCUUGCCCCAGCCUGGGCACUAAGCCCAUGUCCAACUCUGUCGACUAUAACUUUGACCAUAUAGGGGAUAAGGUUGACCAUAUGCACGUUCCAGUUCUGCUCAUCAUCUUUAUUGUGUUCGCUUACAUCAUGCUUGGCGCAUUCAUCCUCCCGCUAUGGGAGGAAUGGGGCACACUAGAAGCCUUUUAUUUCUGCUUCGUCACGCUAACCACAAUCGGUUUCGGUGACCUCUUUCCCGAUCACCCAAAUUUUUUCCUGUUGCUCUCUGUGUACACAGUGGUUGGCAUGGCCAUUAUUUGUAUGGCAUUUAAACUGAUGCAGGACCGCAUGGUCGGCCUAUAUAAGCAGUGCAUUAUCUGUAUCAGUUUAGGAAACAUACAGAGCUCAGAAAAGACCUAUCUUAAAACAGAAGUGGAUCCGUGAUCUGCAGAGUAUGAACCAUAGGUGUGCGCAGCCUUUGGCAUUAGAGUGUGCACCC